AUGAAUGUGCAUAAAAAUCAGAAAAAAGACCACCCACAACCUCUACAAACUAUUCUCCAUAGAAUAGGACCGUUCGUAUUCAUUCUCGCGCACUCCUCCUGCGCGAAAAGCGCGCGAAUCGAAAGUAGAGAGGAUUCUAAGACACUUACCGUCGCCGAAAUCGGGAAAAAUGGUGUUUUUUUUGUAAUGCAAAAUAUCAAAAUAUUCAUUAUUCAUUGGAAGUAUUGCAGGGGUCCAGUAGACUUUCAAAAAGAAUCCGUUCUACUACUGGAAUCGAUUCUUGGCCUUUUGGGUAACACACAGUAUGAAUAUGCUGUAGCUUUCAAAAACCUGAAGUUCUUUCAAGCUCAAUCUACUCUUAUUCGAUGCACUUUCAAGGAAGCCGUGAACUUUUUUGACAAGGAGUACUUCGAUUUCAAGGCCAUAUUUGAAAAGAGGAGCUUUACUUGCUGGUCACGACUACGCAUUGAGUAA